AUGGGAAGAAUCCGUACCUGGAGGAGGUACGCGGUCGUGGCAGUGGCAGUGGCAGCGGGAGCGGCACGGCGCGAGGUAGUAAGCGGGCGCGGUUGGGGCCAUUUUAUUAGACCAGGGGAAGUGGCUCGAGAUGCGCAGCUAUGGCGUGAGCAGAGGAAGGCUGAGUUGGAAGAACAGCGCAAGGAAGAGUCUCGGAGAAAAGAAGAGGAGUUGCAGCGAAGGCAGUGGGAGGCUCAAGAGAUUGCUAGUGGCCGCAUACCGGAUCCUGAACUUGGGGAGGCUGCGUACCUAAAAAGGUUUGAAGAUAUCCCCGAGAUGGAAUGGUGGGAUGUCCCGUAUGUCGACGACAACCAUGAAGUUAUGCUGAAGUAUCUCGAUGCGGACUAUGUAUCGGAUGACGAUGAAGAUGACGAUGGAGUUGCCGCAGAGGAUAACGCAGUAUCGAUACACUACGUGGUACACCCUAUACCGAUGAAGCAGUUGCCUGAUUCUGUGGGGACGCAACACCGGCUGUACUUGACCAAAGAGGAACGUAAGAAGUUGCGGAGGAACAGGAGGGACAUGCUACGAAAAGAGGAGGAGCAGAAACUGAAGUUGGGUUUAAUUGCCAAACCGCAACCGAAAGUGAAGCUGCAGAACAUGAUGAACGUGCUCGAGAACAAUUUCAAUAUCUCGAACCCAAGUCUGUACGAGGCUGAGGUUAAAGAACAAGUAGCUCGCAGGAGGCAAGAACACGAGAGAAUCAACCAAGAGAGGCACGAUACUGCUCGCAAGAUACGCCAGGAGGCGGCCACUGCAGAAAAUUCAUCUAAGACUAACACGGGGGCAGGGUCCGCCUCAUGCAAAAUAUACAGAUUCAAACAGCUCGUGAACCCGUCCAUACGAUACAAAUUGAAGAUGAACAGCGAGCAGCUGCAAGUGAAGGGGUUUUGUCUGCGGUUUGGAGAUGAUGGUCCGGGGACUAUUGUCGUUGCUGGCCCCGAGAAGUCUUGUAAUAAAAUGGACCGGCUGAUUCUGCACCGAUUGCCUUGGUCACAAGAUUUCACAGAUAGGAACACUGGCGACACUGUUCACAUGUCUGAUAACAGCAUUGAGAAGACGUGGGAAGGGGUUUUAAUAAGCACGGACCACUUCCCAAAGCGGUGGUUCAUGAAGGUGUGCCAAACGCAGGAUGAAUACGACCACACCCUAAAGCACUUCAACUGCGACCAUAGUUGA